GCACACCGUGACAUGUGCACAGAUUCUGUUCAGGGUAGCAGCGUUGGGAGCGCGAACAUUUUUUUCCGAGGAUCACCUUGGGCAAUCUCUAGUUUGAUUUUCAAAAAACCAAUCCCCCAAUCGAACCCUCUCCAAAAUUUCCCCGCCACAUCAUGGCCUUGUCUUCUACUCCCGCAGAUCCUCCCGCCGCCGCCGCAACCAGCGCAACUACCCCUCGUCUCUUCGCCGCCGCACCCCCGCCGUCGAGAGACCCAAGACCCCCAAUCUCACCAUACCCUCACCCUCCCUCCCACUACCACCACCGCCUACCGUCCCAACAACCACACCAACAACCCCUCUACGCAUCCCAACCUUUCGCCAAUCUCGCCCCCAGAGGAGGAGGAGCUCCCUCCUCCACCACGGCGGCAAACCGGGGAAUUCUCUACCCGGUUGCAUCCUCCGGCCGCGGAUUCCUCCCCAAAGCUAUUCGCUCCCAAUCUGCUGCUGCUGCUGAUCAGAUUGCUAACCAGGCCGGGUUCCCGCCCCGCCCCGUGCUCGGAGGACCUCCCUAUUCUCACACGGUUCGAGCUUUUGGGUUCCCUCAUUCGGAUCCUCAUGCUCACCUGAUUAGGCCGCCCCAUGUACACCAAACUUUUCUUGGUUCAACUGGCGUUAUCUCCGCCGCCGUCAAGGGUGUUCCAGUCUCAGGCCAAUUAAAGGCUGCAACAUCUCAGCCUUCAGUGUCUGAAUGCAACGGGUAUAAGGACCAGAGGGAUAGAAGCAGGGACGAUACGUUUGCGACUGUUAGGGAUCGAAAAGUCAGAAUCUACGAGGGAUCUUCUCUUUAUGCCCUCUGUCGGUCGUGGUUGAGGAAUGGUUAUCCUGAAGAACCUCAGCCCCAAUAUGUGGAUGGUGUGAAAUUGCUUCCAAAACCUUCGCCUUCACUUGUGUUAGAUGCUCCGAUAAAAAAGGAGGUCGGUGACGAAGAGGAGGAGAGAUCUGUGGAGAAUUUAUCUUCGCAAGACCUAUUACAAAGACAUGUCAAGCGUGCUAAAAGGGUUCGAGCUCAAUUAAGGGAAGAACGGCUUCAACGAAUUGCAAGGUACAAAACUAGGCUUGCCCUCCUCCUCCCCCCACUUGCAGAGCAACAGUUCAGAAAUGACACUGCUGCUUCCAACUGACAUGAUACUCGAAAGAUGGGGAGUCCUUACUUGAUGUUGGACUCCUAAACAUAAUGCCAAAAUUGACGAAUUCAUGAUUGUACUUUCAACACAAGUACAGCAGAGUAGAAUUACCCAGUCUGAUGGCAUAUAUUGUAUUGAAAAGCAGUGGAUACAAGUCUGACCUUACUAAUUUGGCUGCGGAUAACUGGGUUUACUCUUGUAAAAUUUUGGUUCAAAUUGUUUAGUUUGCCAAAUUCUCGAGAUGUUUACACCAUGGGUGUAGCCUUGGCGAGAUGGCAAAAUGAUGCUUUGAAUUUCUGUUCCAAGGUUCGUAUAUUGUUGGAAACUUUGAGAAGUGAUAAUUUUCGGCUUGUGUAGUGAACUCUGACCUGAGUAGGUACUGGACUUUUCAAAAAAGGAGGCUACUCGUACCUUUGUGGGAUAGUAAGAUAAUAAUCUUGCAGUGUUAUGUUUUCUG